AUGAAACCCAGCAAGAAUCAGCUCAGGCGAGCAAAGAAGAAGGCUCAGAAGGCGGAUGUUACAAAUGACUUAAUUCAGAAGAUCGAAGAAACGCCCUCUGAAAUCAUUCAGCCUAGCCAUGCUUCCAAGGCUGUAUCAGCUGCUGCCACAGUCGCCGCUUCCUCAGAGCUCGAAGAUCCGCUUUGGGAGAUGUACAAGGGCAUCGUCGGCAAAUUUGAUGAGACUAGCGAAGAUGCUCCCGCACAAGAAGCCGAAAAGCCUGAGAUAUAUUUCGACGACGAAGAUGAAAUCCCAGACGAGGAGCAAGAGAGCGAACCGAAGAUCUCUAAAAAGAAGCGGAAGGAGCUGAAUAAACUGUCGGUUGCUGAAUUAAAGGCCAUGGUUCGCAAGCCCGAGAUCGUGGAAUGGACAGAUACGUCAGCAUCGGAUCCUCGACUCUUGAUCCACAUCAAGGCCCAUCGUAAUGUUGUUCCUGUUCCAUCGCACUGGUCACUCAAGCGGGAAUACCUCUCGUCUAAACGAGGUGUUGAAAAAGCACCCUUCGCCCUCCCCAAAUUCAUUCAGGAAACGGGCAUUGCAGAGAUGCGUGAUGCUGCAUUGGACAAGCAAGAACAGUCCAGUCUGAAACAAAAGCAACGGGAGAGGGUCCAGCCGAAGAUGGGACGCCUUGACAUCGACUACCAGAAACUCUACGAGGCCUUCUUCCGCUUCCAAACUAAACCUGAGCUGACUCGAUACGGCGAGAUUUACUAUGAGGGAAAAGAAUACGAGACCAACCUGAAACAUCUCCGGCCGGGUGACUUGAGCGAUGAACUGAAGGAGGCUCUCAAUAUGCCACCGGGAGCCCCCCCUCCUUGGCUCAUUAACCAACAGCGUUAUGGUCCCCCACCGUCUUACCCGGCGCUGAAAAUUCCUGGACUCAAUGCGCCUCCUCCUCCUGGUGCCAUGUGGGGCUAUCAUCCAGGAGGGUAUGGUAAACCGCCUGUCGAUGAGCACAACCGACCGUUAUAUGGAGGUGAUAUUUUUGGAGUUUUGCAACCACAGCAGAAUGUUCAACAAGGAGAACCCGUUGAGAAAGAUCUUUGGGGAGAGUUGCAGGCAUCUGAAGAGUCGGAAGCGGAGAGCGAGGAGGAGGACGAGGAAGAUGAGGAAGCGGAUGAAGAGGACGAUGAAACGGGUACGCAGUCUCCCAGUGGACUGGAAACACCCAGCGGCAUGGCUUCCACUGUUCCAUCUGAGCCGGCGGGGACGGAGAACAUCUCUGGGGAGUUUGAUGUCCGAAAACAUCAUCGCGGUACAGAGACGGAGGAAUCUGUUCACCCUCGGAGUGCUUACCAGGUCAUCCCGGAGAGACAGACGAGCGUCCAAGGAUUCUUCGGUGGAGACCGAGCAUAUGAUUUGGGCUCCUCUUCAGGCAACAAUCCUCCCGUCCUCGGCGUAGACGACCAAACCCGAAAGCGCAAGAAGCCCGGCGACGUGGAUGUAUCGGUCGACUUGGAUGCGAUUCAAACAGGGGAUGGUCUCAGCAAGGACAGCCUUCAAAACAUGUACGAGGCGCAGCGACAGCAACAAACCCAACCGCAAUGGGGAUUUCAGGAAGACCUCAGUGACAUGAUUGCGCAGGAAAGCCGGAAGAGGCUGCGGAAGGAAGAAGAGCGGCGCGGCAAGCGCUGA